CCCUUUGUUGUUAAAGAGCCAGCUAAACAAAUAUCUGUGAACUGUCCCAGAGGAAAGCUGAUGAAGAAGCCCAAGGAUGCCAAUGGUGAGUUAUUGCCAGCAAUCUAUGAAAAGUGGCCAAGAGGGUCUAGUUUAUCCACGAAGACAAUGCUAAACCAGACAAGAAGGCAAGUAGUAGUAUUAGGGAUGCAGUUGCAGCAGCUGCUGGGCAUGUGGUCUAGUACUACUAAGAAGUCCAACCACAUGUCACGUAUCUUGUCUGCUGUUUCUUGGUACCUUUAGGUUCUUUUCCUGAACUGGUGAGCAGCAGUAGACUGCUGAUCUUAUGGAUGUAUUUAUCCACAAUGUAUCAAUCAGAUAAUGGUUGAAAGAGAGUAUGGUUGCACAUCCACACCCACUCCAUGGAGGGGGGUGCCACCCCUCACAGCAGCUAGGAGCAUUCUUCUCCCCAGAAGUUCUGGUUCUUGCCCACAUACUAGCACCUCUUCUAGUUCACAAUGUUAAACAUAAUAUUAUGAUUUUUUAAAAUGUUCAAAAGAGAGUAGUAGAAAUAGAGCAAGAUAAUACUUUGUGGGAUUUGGCAUACUAGUACUACUAGCACUUCAAAAAGAUCCCAGUAAUUGUCAGAUCCAAUAGAUGGACAAAAAUACCAGAGACAGAUUCAAAGAAUACUAGUAGAUGAAGGCAAUCCUUCUCAUUCUUCUCUACCCUUAUGAGGAGAAAGAUCUGGUGGAGAGACAUAUUCCUCCUUUACUACUUAUGUGCUAGUUUUGGUAAUUGGCAGAUAAGUUUUAGCAUAUCUUUGACCCACUUAUGAACAGACCUAGAGUGAGUUUACUGGAAAGAAUAGAUUGCUCAGGGGUUUCUCAGGGAAUGCAGCUGGUAAUUGAAAUGCUUGUAGCUUACUAAAGGCUCUUUAAUAUGCAAGGCCUUGAGAAGCUGGUGAUCCUGAGAAACAAGGAGUGAAAGCCUACUGCUGAAAAGUUCACCAUUUCUUCCAAAGCACAGGUGCUUACAACUUGGAUCACUAGUCAACUCUCUCUAGUCUUCUACUCUCCUUGACAUCCAUCACAAAGAAAGAAACAUAGGUAGCAACAAGAGAAGGAAGGAGAUCGUGGCAGAGAAUGGGGUGUACGAGCUCUACCUUUACACUUAUUGACAAAUGGAUCAUAUUGAUGCUACAAUAUUGAGAGCAUGUGAGUUAAAAGAAGUCUUGAAAAUGGUAUCAUGCUGCUAUCUCAAUGUACCUGCAUGGAGUACAGUGAUUGGAGUGUUGAUAGCAUGAGCUCCUCAGACAAAGAAAACCCUUCUAGUAUGUGAUCAAGUGUGAUCUUGUUGUUAUUCAAGCUCAUUAGUAUCAUAUAGAGUUGGCAUUCAAAAAAAGUAUGAUUGGAUUGUGGAUUUGGUGCUGACUGAAAGCAAAUUAGUAAGAAGAGGAAGCUCCAUUUCCACUUCAAAAGGAAUCAGUUGUACUAUCUCCAAGUAGUAAUAUUAUUGUAACUUUUGAAAACCUGUCAAUGCACACAAAAGGUAGAUCGUCAUGUGAUUAAAAAAUUCAGUAUGUGACUGGCUGCAAACCAUAUUUAGCCAAAGCUGUCAUUAGUACACAAUAAAUGAGAGCCCAAAAACUCAAACUAAGUUGUAUAUUUGGGAGCCCACUAUAUGCCAUAGUAUUACAGGUGACAUCAAAGAGAUCUACUAGUGGCUGUUGCUACUGCUGGUGGUUCUAGUUCUAUUAUUAUGACUACUACAACUAGUCGUAUCAUGGUGGUUGGACAAGUGGAAGGUAUUCAAAUUGAAUUGAUUUACUUAGAUAUGGAUGAUUCUUCUCUUAUCAAAUUGCAUACUUGCUUGCUCAUCCUUCAUUCCAGAUCAUAGGCAAAUGAGAAUGUCAGGAAACAGUAAAAAUUGACAAAAACUCAACAAAAACAAAGAGAAGCGCAACUAAGGCCAUGGAAGGGAACCUAACAAGAGGAGGAAGCCCCUCCCUUGCUGUGAUUGCAACAAAUUAAGCACAUGCUUCUUAUGACUUCCUCCAGCAAAGAUCAAGGGCUGCAACUGUCUGGGUGCUGAGAGCUCCUGUGUGAGCUGUGCUUGCCUUCUUGGUAAAUGCACAAAUAAGUACAUUUCAGCAACCAACAAAGCACAAUGCUGCCCCAGCAUUGGUUCCCCUUCUACAGCUCCCCCCCUUUUCUCCCUCUGGUGGAUCUAAUGGUCCCAUUCCACCUGGUGCUCACCCAGAAGGCUAUGUCCCCCCUCCCGACACUACAGGUCAGGGGCUUUCCUCCUAUUUGGAGAACAACCCUAUAGAGGCCUAGGACAUUGACAAUGGUGCUUCCAACUCAGAUACUGACACAGCUGCGCCCUUGACCCAGAAUUCAGACUCAAGGUGGAUUGCUGCUGUUAAUCAAAUGAUAGCCUCUGGGAGUGGACAUACCAUCAUCUCCCAGGGUAAAACCAUUGUCCCAUCCACUGUGUACAGGUGUAUUCCUAUUAGUAGGAAGCCAGAUUUCAUAUUGUCUAGUUUUUUGUUAGGAUUUUGACUGUGAUUUAAGGUUUGGAACAGAGGUUGGAAAUGUUGGAGCUAGCUUGUCUGAAUUUGAUGCUCAAAUCAAUCACUCACAUACCCUUACAGUCAGAUAUCAUCACUUGGUGCAUUUUGUUCUUAGCAUUUUCACUGUGAUUUCUGGUCAAUCAAUUCAGGUUUUUCCCUAUAUCCUAGGUAUGACUCAUAGUUAGCAACACUCCAGUGUGACAAUAAAUUCUUAGUAAAGGAAAACCUACUACUAGGAGUGGUAGUAGUGGUACUAGUACUAUUUGUCACCAAUCAAUUUCCUUGUACAUUACUGCUACAACUAACACGAUAACAUAUUCCAUGUUGAGGUAAAUAGAGUUAAAAACUUGAAGUUUUUGUCCAUGCAUUUCCUUUGGUGUCAGCAAUAUAUCAAGACAAUGUGAUUAUCUUCUUUGUGAAGCACUCUCAAUCUAGUACAUUGCUAUUGGAAAAUCCUUUCAGGUCUGAGGAGGCCAACAGCCAUCAUGUUCCUCAUGAGACUGAUCUCCAACUACCAGCAAUCAAAUAUCUUCUGACCAAAUCUUUCCUAUCCAUCACUCAGCUCAUCAAACAACUUGAACACAAGGUCCUUCCUCCAUGCAUCUACUAGCAUUCAUGGUGAUUGUGUGGCUUUGCAAUAAAGACUAAUAGCAAAGGUCAUCAUCAUCCAGGCCAGUGAAACUUUGUUCUUGAGUAGAAUUCAUUCCUCCACUCCAUAGAUAGUAGUAGGAACAGGGUACUUCAUUCAUUGCUUUUUGAAACCACACUGGAGAUCUCCAAAUGGAUUUGUUGUUGGUAUUAAGGUUAUGCUGUUGAGAACAAUCCUCUGGUUAUUCCAAGAGUUUCCAGCACCAGGUAGUACUUCUAUUUGACACCAGCAUUGUUAGAGGGUCUAUCUCAUCUUCUUUCCUACUACUACUCCUAUAUUCCAAACAGUACCAAUCUCUGGUGCACCAUGUUAGUCUUUCUGCCUGUGGUGCCAAUGUUUUUGUAAACACCACCACCAGCAGCAUUCUUGCAGCAAGAAUGAUGUUCACCAGCCAGCCACUCCUUCUUCUUGUUCUUCUUCUUGUAUGUUCUUGUUAUAUUUGCAACAAGCAUAUGCCGAUACCAGCAGCAAGGCCAAUUCUGUCAUAAAGUUUCUAUACCACAGAAAGGAAAUAUGCAGCUUUUCAAAGUAUGUCCUAUCAAUUGUCAGCUUUUUGUUGCCCUUGCAACUUUGAAUGUGGUUCAGGUACAACUUGCACUGCGUUCCAAUCAACCAAUUUGAUUGGAUAGUAAACAAACUUUGAAUUUGAAUUCUUUCUGAUUCUCGACUUCUUCGACACUCCGACUCAGAAGAUUUUUGGCAGAACUCGUCGUCCUUCUUAAAAUCAAUGUUAACAAAAGGAGACAAUGAAGACGGGUACACAGUGGUUCGCUAUUUUACCUUAACAUCGGGCUACUCCACUCUUAGUCAUUCAGAGAAAUAGAGCUAUAAUGAAACUCUUUAUUUAUUUUAUUUUGGCAAUCUUCAUAGGUCCGAAGGAAGCAUCAGCAUUCGUGGUGUCCAACGCGAACAAUGCAUUCGCGUCAAGUUCAGAAUCUCAAGCAAUGCCGGCAGUCAACAUAGUACUACGAAUGGUCGGAGGACGGGGUUGGGACAACGAUGACUUUCUGUCUAGCCUUUCCGGUGACGAGGAUGAACGCAAAAAAUCCCGGGAAGAUUACGACGACUUUUCGGAUCGUCGGGCAUCUUUCAAUGCUCGGCAGGCAGAAAUAAUGAAAUCGCCACAGGCUCAGGCAUUCAUGAAACAACGGCAAGAGCAACAAAUGCGAUACCUCGAAGAAGAACAGGGACAAGGAGAUCUAUCCGGCGAUGGAACGUUUUUGGGAGGAGACGUUCCCGAAGGUUCGGGUGGCGGAACAAGGAUGGGACGAAUGAUGGAACAGGCGAAACGUAUGCAGGGCCAACGAGGCCAGAGCAACAUGAUAGGAGGACUCCACCAUCAGCAGCUCUUGGGUCCGCUGGACGAGGACGACGACGAGAAAAAAGAAGUGUAGAAUAUAAUCGUCGACUAAUAUUUCAAGUUGUAAAGGAUGCGAUCAACUGUGACAAAUUGUGUUGCGUUGUGGAUGACUGCCUACAGUAGUUUUCUCGACCAAUUAUCCACAGCGAAACACAACGCUCUAUCAUUUCACUUGAAAUUCGUCUCCGCCACUAUGCGAUGUUCAAUGGAAAGGAGAGCAACAUACAACGAUCCACACCAAUUUUGUAGCCGCUGAAGAUACAAAGCUUUUGUGCAGCAGCCAAAAUGAAGGUAUAUUGAACAAUAAAGACGUUUUCUUUUUUCAUUUAAACAAUCCAUUUGUACAAGAAAGAGGAUGGUGGAUAUUAGAUAUGUCACCCCACUGGAAAGUGAAAGAUCAACAAUAUGAUCAAUCUCUGAGGGAGGAAUCUUUUGAAUUUGCCCAAUCACUGCGUCUUCUUGAUGCCCAUCAACGUUGUUUGUCUUCUCAACCAUCGUUUGUUCUGUUAUACUCGAUCUUAUAGAUAUAUCAGUUCCUACUGCUUGAACUGUAACAAAAGGAUGCAUUAUGAUCAGCAUUUCUCUCUGGUAUCAAAUGUUGCAAAUAAAACAAGCUGUUCACC